UGACACAACAGCUGCAAACAACCACAAAGAUGCGCAUCCUGUCGUCAAUUGCGCCACUGCUUUUGCUCAUUGGCGGAGGCCUCGCAAAGAAGGCGCAGGCGGAUCCGUAUGAGGAAUUCAAUCGGCUGGCUCAGCGCUCAUCCCCGAUCAAGCUGAAUGAUGCCACCUAUGCCUCAUUGACGGGUGCUCCGAGGAACCACAGUGUUGUUGUCCUUCUUACUGCCUUGGAAACCAGAUUUGGCUGCCAGCUAUGUCAGGAUUUCCAGCCAGAAUGGGAUCUUCUAGGAAAGAGCUGGACUCGUGGUGAUAAGACUGGCGAAUCUCGACUGCUCUUUGGCACCUUGGACUUUGCCGAUGGCCGGGAGACCUUCAUUUCGCUUGGCCUUCAGACAGCCCCGGUGCUCAUGCUCUUUCACCCGACCGUAGGACCCCAUGCCGCGGCCUCCCCAGAACCCGUUCGAUACGACUUCACGGCAGGGCCUACGGCUGCUGAACAGGUCCACACCUGGCUCUCCCGACAACUUCCCGACAGGCCUCAUCCUGCUAUAAAGCGACCAAUUAACUGGAUCCGAUGGGCUUCUACCGUGACCCUGGUUCUUGGUGUUGGUACUGCGCUGGUGAGCGCAUCUGCCUAUGUGCUUCCCGUCAUCCAGAAUCGCAACAUUUGGGCCUCAGUCAGCUUGAUAGCCAUCCUUCUUUUCAUUAGCGGACACAUGUUCAACCAUAUUCGGAAAGUGCCGUACAUUGUCGGCGAUGGUAAAGGUGGAGUUAGCUAUAUUGCGGGCGGUUUCCAGAGCCAACUUGGAUUGGAAACCCAGAUUGUGGCAGCCAUCUAUGGAGUCCUCUCCUUUUGCGCCAUUACUUUAGCUGUCAAAGUUCCGCGUAUGGCCGACUCUAAGACUCAGCAAGUUGCGGUUGUUGUCUGGAGCAUUACUCUGUUCCUCGUAUACAGCUUUCUCUUGAGCGUCUUCCGCGUUAAAAAUGGCGGUUACCCAUUCUCCCUGCCACCCUUCAUGUAGAUGGAAUGGCUGAGGAGACAUGAAGUCGAGAUAUUAUACAUUAGGCACGCCCUAAAUAACAGAGGGCUUCAUCCACUGUGAAGCUAUUGCCAUUGGGGGUUUGAACAAGUGGUUAGAGUGAGCAUUUCACAGAGUAAAGGGAGUAUAUGAUGGUUGCAUUCCCAAUCCACCAUGUUAUGGGACGCGCGUGUUGUCGCAAUGGAUACGAUUCAUGUGAAAAGCAUCUUAAUCGGAAACAUAAAUCCGAACAAAUUGCAGUUAUCGAGGAUGUACGCUAGUGGUAAAGGAUUCCAGGCAAUAUUAAAACGAUUGUGAUAUGCUUUUGGCAUUGCU